AUAGUGCAUGCAUGCAGCGCAGCGCAGUGCAUGCAAUACAUAACACACGUACACAUACACUAGGAGAUUGCAUUGCUUACGUCGAACAACAACAAAGUCUUCGUGAAACGUAUCGAAGAAUAAGGCAAAUCAGACGAGCAGUGUCGUCUUCCUUUUAAUAGCGGCAGUAGAAAGACACUUUGAUUAUUCAAAUUUCUGUUCAAUUAAAAACCUGAAGAAAAAAUAGCAAAAAAGGAUAAAAUAGAGAAAAAGUUUGGGGGAAAUGGCCACAACAACCAGCGUAGCGACGACCAGUGCUCUACGGGCCUUGCGUGCAGAACUGAUCAAACUCAGUAAAGAACCAGUGGAAGGUUUUAUUGUCAAGGCAAAUGAUGAGAAUCUCUUUGAUUGGGAAGUUGCAAUUUUUGGUCCACCAGGAACAUUAUAUGAAGGAGGAUAUUUUAAGGCAAUUAUGAAGUUUCCACAUGACUACCCGUAUUCGCCUCCGACAUUCAGAUUUCUCACAAAGAUGUGGCAUCCCAACAUAUAUGAGAAUAGCGGUGAUGUGUGUAUAUCCAUCCUACACCCCCCUGUGGCAGAUGAACAGAGCGGAGAGCUGCCGUCGGAAAGGUGGAAUCCAACACAGAAUGUCAGAACAAUUUUAUUGAGCGUAAUCUCACUACUCAACGAGCCCAAUACCUACUCCCCUGCCAAUGUGGAUGCCUCAGUAAUGUACAGACGGUGGAAAGACUCAAAAGGAAAAAACAAAGAGUACGAGGACCUUAUUAAGAAACAAGUAAAAAGAACGGAGUUGGAUGCACAAAAGGAUUCCGUUGUCGUGCCGACCACACUGGAAGAAUACUGCAUCAAGACGAAAGAAACACCACAAUCUCAAAGCUCUGUAGAUCUGGCCGACUUCUACGAUGACGACGACGACUAUGGCGUGGAGGACGAUGAUAUUGACGAUGAUGAAGACUGUUACUAUGACGAUGAGGACGAUUCUGGAAAUGGGGAGUCGUGACAAGAACUCUGCACCUGAACUCUUAUACAACUGUACAUGAUGUCAUUUUCUCAAGAAAAAAAUAUAUUAUCCUGCAUUUACAAAAAAAAAGGGAAAAAUUUUAACUCUCUAAAGAUGAUCAUCUUGCAAAUACUCUUCAAAGUGUUUAUCUUUUUACUGCCAUUUUACAAAGAAGCCAUUUGUGGAUAUAACCAUCUGUAGAUAGAAAAAAAAGAGAAAAAUUAGUAUGCUUUUGAUCAACAUGUGAGAAUAUUGAACCUCCUUUUCGGUUGUGUAGUAAAUGUAACUCCACGGAAUCCACAUGAUUGCUUCCUAUUUAUCCUUCUUUAGAAAUAAAAGAAUCAAAUGCACAUUUAUUGUUGAUACACAAGUUGAUUUUUUUUGGGGGGGUAAGAUUACAAGUCAAGGUAUAGAAGCCACAAGAGCAUAGGAUUGUUAUUCUUUGCAUUGAGGUAGGACUUCAAAUGUGUUCUGUUCAGCUCUAAAGCAUUUCAUUUUGAAGGCAUAUUUUCAGCACUUCGUUUAUCUUAUCUAAUCACAUGGUUAUGGUGUCUUAUUGUGUGCAAGUUUUUGCCUGUAUUUGUCCGUGGAGUUUUUGUCUCUGCCUCCUGGUACACUUUGACGACUCCCACAACGCUGUUAUUGUAGCCUUUUGUAUCAUCAAUUCAAGAUUUACUUUGCAAGAAGUUGUACACAACCUCUGGAUUUAGAAGGACUUGUCCCCCGGAGACGAUUCCUCUACAAAUAUGUUCUUGGAACGCAUCCUAUCUGGUGGACAUGUCCCUCUAUUGCUACUGCUUCAAAGACGAAUUCUAAGUUACACUGUACCUUGAGAGUUGUCCUAGAAUCUUCCUAGACAGCACCAACGUUCAUCCCUUAGCCAUCGGUUAUCUUCCGAGACACACCCAUGGUCGGUCUGAACUUCUUUUCUUCAAACGGUUGGUCAAAAGGACAGGAGGAAAGGGAAAGGCAAUGUCAUGGAGACGAGAUAUGAUUGUUUGUUAUUUAUUGAUGCGAGAUUGAGAUUGUACAAAGGUUGGCAAGUUGAUAUAGAAUAUGGUUUAGAUAUAUGUGAUCAUGGUUAUAAUUCAAAUGUAUCUCUAUGUGAGUGUGUGUAACCUUUAUAUAUCCUAUUUUAUUUCUCUUGUUUUUUACAUUAAUUAUGUGUCUUUAAUGUUUUAUUCAUGCUUUUUAAUGUAUAGACUUUGUAUUAAUGUUUUCACUCUAGUAAGAACAAGGAGGGGUGAAUGUCUAGUGAACAAUGAGCAUACAAUUUUGUAAUAGGCUUGUUCUGUCCUAAAAUUUCUGAAGGAUAUUUAGGAUUAAUGACUGAUAUUUUCAAUAUUUUUAUUAUUGAUUACUUGGAGCAAUGUUUGUGAUUCAGGAACAGCUGACAUGUGCAAAUAACAGUGAUGCCAAUUCUAAGCUAUAAAAAAUAAUAUUCUGUUCCUAUGAAAAGGGACAGCGAUGCUCAACCCCCCCCCAAAAAAAAAAAAAAAAAAAUUAAAAUAAAAUGCUAGACUUUGCCUUGGUUUCCUGACAUAUACCAGGUGAUUUUACGAAAACACAAAACACUUGCUCUACUUUCCUCUAUUUCUAAGUUUUCUUUCAGCUGUUCAUCAAGUAGUGUAUGUGUACCGUAUAUAUUAGCUGUGUGCAUAAGGGAGUGUCAUUGAGCGGCUGUCAAGCAUGGAAAUAUGCCAACGUACUGUGCGUGAUAUCAGGGUUCGGUAACACAAAGGUUUAUAGCGAUUCAUCAUAUGCAUGAUUUUCCGGGUUUAUUGCACACUGUUUUCAAUGCAAUCAAUUGUAAAAAAAAUGUUCUACAAUGAUUACUAAUGUUUGUGUUUCGGGCCCCAGGGUCCGGUAACACAAAGGUUAGCCAUUAAUCAUAUGCAUGACUUUUACGAUUGAUUGUACAUUGUAGUCAAUGCAAUCAAUCGUUAAAAUAAUGUUCUACGAUGAUUGCUCAGCUUUGUGUUGAGGGUCCCUGCUCUUUCUUCUUCCUUAUCCCAUUUCUUGGUUAGAAAACGGCACAAAAUAUCGAGUAUUCAAAUUCUUUAUUUCAAGAAUCACCCUUUUAUUGUAAAAAAAAAAAACAUUUCAUUGGGAUCUAAAACACAUGGCUAUGAUUCAGGUUAUUUGAUAUUUGACCUCAGCAUUUAAGUCCACAAAUCAAUUACGACAUAUGAAAAAUGCUAUGUUCAUGCCGAUGAUACGUGUACAAAAAGUAGAUGGGUAUUGCUAACUUCAUUUUCUUUCCUGAUGUGGAAUGUUUCCUUGUUAUUAUAGAAAAGAGAAAAUUUUUAUAAAUCCAAAGAAACCCUGUAUUAUUUUUUUAAGGUCCGUGCAGAUUGAGUUUGAGAAAGGAAAAGUAAGAUACAGGGAACAAAGUUUUCUUAAAAGUUUACAAGACAAGAAGAAUGAAUGUCUGGUUUUCUCAAGGUUUGUAAUGGUAAAACUGCCUUAUCUGGGAGUAGUUCAUGAAACAAUAUUUCAGUGACUAUUGAUAUAUAUGUGACUAAAAAAUCCUUCAUAAUUACAAUAAUGAUAACGUCAUAUUUUACCCAGGGUAGUCACUUCAGUUCCGAAACGGUUCUACCAGCGGCCCUGCUUGACAUGAUAGUGUUAUUAUUACCCCUGGUUUAGCAUGGCUACCUUGAUCAAUCCUUGUAUCCGAUUGACUCGAAAACAAAUAACUCAGUAGAAAUCACUCAUAAGAAACUUCAUGAACUCUCCCCUGAAGUAUAUUUUUAGGAAAUGAUGAGUGUUUUGUCUUCCCGAGCGUGGAUGUCUAUUGACUGAUACAUGUGUUUUGUCACAGGCAUUAUGAAUUCAUAGAUUUUGAAAGGUUUGCAAAUGUCUUUUGCCUUUCUGGGUGCCUGUGAUGUUUGAACUGUAUUAGUUGUUGCUUUAAAGCUGAAACCAGGUAGUUCUUGUACAAAGUGUUGAUAUCACAAAACAUCUUUUUUUUAAAAUCAAUUUUAGCAUUUUCAUACCAUAUCUUGGCGUAGCAUUAUGAUAAGAAACAUCCACAACCAUAAUAUAGUGGGAAUCAGUACAUAGGGACCCAAGCUGUGGCCGUAUGAAUCAAUACCUACUAAGCACUUCAAAAAUGAGUGUAAACUGGGCUAGCUCAUUGCUGUUUGGCUAUUGAACUAUGGUCUUGAAAAUGCUGAAAUGCACAAAAAGCAUCUGAUGUCACAAUCUGGUACUCUAAUGGAAAUGUUCAACUUCACUUUACUUUAAUAUGUAAAGUGUGCAAGUUCUUAACUGCUUUGAUAGAAUGAGCCAGCUAGAGUUUCAUUCUGCCCAUGGGCUGAAAAGAAUCAUUGACAUGGUAGUUUUCUACUUCCCCAAGAUUGGCAUUAUUGUACAAUAAUGUCAAUUUUACAAUAUUGUUCAUUUGCUAUUGAUGAAAUCCACUGUUAAGCAACAAAUGGUUGGUAUUUGGAAGUGGGCCUAAUAACGGUUAAUGUGCUCUGAGCAGACAGUGGUGGUUGAUGUCAAGUGUAAGUGUUGACCUUUUAGUGUUAGUGUUGGGCCGGUUUCUACACCACCGUAGCACAAAAUGAAGCUUGUCUUGGGACAAAUAUAUUACCAGGUGCUGAUCUAUCAGUUAUGUGAUUUCAAUCAUUCUUUGUAAACUCUUUUUAGGCAGGGAUGUAGUCGAUGUCGGUAUGUCUACGUCACAAGGCCACUGGAGAAAAAAAAAAUCUCCCAUAGACUUUGUAUGUGUGACUUUGCCUGUAGCCAAGGCCUCAACUAGGUGUAUGACUUUACAGUGAACUCACACCUACAUGUACAUGUAGAUCUUUCUAAAACAUCCCCAGUUGCCCGUUACACAAAGCUUGGCAAUGAUCAUAGAACAUUUUUCUACGAUUGAUUCCAUUGACUACAAUGUACAAUCAAUCGUGAAAAUCAAGUGUACGAUUAAUCGCUAACCUUUGUGUUUCGGGACCCUGGUGUAUACAAUAUCUGUCUUUCAUAGAGUUUUUUUAUCCCGCAUGUAUCACAAAGAUUGGUAAACUGAGAUAUCAUUUUCCUUUGAAAAGACACUUAUGUUGCAGGAAACCUAUUCCAAAUAAAGGGACAUGGGUAAGUUUUUUUAAAUGAGAUGAUGGUUUUGAUCAGUCUCGAGUCAGAUUGGUUGGUGUGACUGCAAAAUCUGGCGGCAAUUUUGUGUUGCUUCACGUUUGAAGGAGAAGCCAUUGAUGUCCUCGUAAUCCGCAUCGAGUCUCGGACUGUAUCCAUAAAAAGUGAUUUUAAUAGUCUGACCUAUAAUAUAGCAUUGCAUUUAUUAUAUCUGUAUUUUUAUUUUGCUUACAUGUAUGUAUGUAUGGCUUUAAGGUUGAUUAAUUCUAAUUUUCAUAUAGGUCAUUUAAUGAGUACAUGUAUGUUUACUUCUUCAAAAAGCAUUUAUGAAACAUCUUACAUUUUUCUUUCAUAUUAAAGGGAAUUUUUUUUUCUCACUUUUAUGUGUUACUUUGAAGAUUAGUAUCUUACACACAGCAGCAUUGAUAUUUGUAGUGCAUCCAAAUUGGAAUCAGGGAUAAUCUAAAAAGAAUUUUCAAGGCUACUUUUUGAGCUCCUAGAUUAGCCCAAUUUCACUACAUGGUAUUACAGUUUAUAUUGGACCCUAUUGGAAUUUCAGGGACCCUUUAUACAUUUUCUAGGGCUCUGUAGGGCAUUUUGGGGGUGAAUUCCCACAUAGCCCCUGUGUUUUUCCCCCCUGAUUUGCACACGUGUGAUUUUAACUCAUUUAGGUAUACAGCUCUGCAAAUGUCAAGCUCAAUCUCCUUUCGCUCCACAAAAUGGUUGAAAUUGAAUAAAAAAUUAUCCACUAAUAUAUAACCCGAAGAAAAUAAAAGUGGAUGGAAAAUUGAUAGAAAUUAACGUAACCAGAAUUUAGUGAAUAACCACUUUGCAUUUUUUAUGGUCAGUGAUUCAGAAAACUUUAUUGUGUUGCCAAUUUGAAAUGUGUAAUGAUAAGCACAAGUCAUAAGGUUUCUACAUUCAAGCGACACAACGUACUGCACAGGAAAUGGUGUUUAUUUUUGGUAGUAUAUUCAUCAUCUAACCACAUGACUCGAUGUGAAGAGAAAGUACACAUAUGUACCAUAAAGGAGACACUGUACAUACCUCUCUGGGUUCUUAUGUUUGUGAAAUACACCCCCGCUUGAUCUCUAUGUCUCCCUGUCCCCUUUUUCAUGCCAAAGUGUUCAUUUGCAAUUGAAGAUGAGAAAUAGAAUAUCAGCAGUGUGAUAUAUUUCAUUAUGUCUAUAAUACAAUGAAUGUAAACAAGAUGAGGAUCAGAAUCACUUUGUAAUGCAGGACUUUUCAAGUAUUUAAUAAUAAAUCUGUAAAUUGUUGUCAAAAAUAUAUAACAGAAA